AUGGCGACCCGCGCCGACGGCCGCCUCCCCAACCAGCUCCGCGCGAUGGCUGCCGAGCCCGGCGCGCUCAGCCGCGCCGACGGCUCGGCGCGCUUCCAGCACGACGGCACGCAGGUGCUCGCGGCGGUGUGGGGCCCGGGCGAGGUGCGCCGCGCGCGGGAGCGGCCCGAUCAGGCGACGCUCGAGGUGCUGGUGCGGCCAGCCUCGGGGCUCGCCGGCCCGCUCGAGCGCGAGAUGGAGCUGCUGCUGACGGCGACGCUCUCGCACGCGGUCGUGCUCAGCCUGCACCCGCGGACGCUCGUCUCGCUGGUGGUGCAGGUGGUCGACCACGACGGGUCGGUGCUCGCCGCGGCGCUCCACGCCUGCGGCCUCGCGCUCAUCCACGCCGGCGUGCCGCUGCGCGGCAUGCUCGGCACGUGCGCCUGCGCCGUGGCGGCCGAUGGCGCGCUGCUGCUCGACCCGACGGUGGCGGAGGAGGCGAGCGCGGUGGCGGUCGCCACGCUCGGCUACCUCGUCUGCUCGGCCGACGGCGACGGCGGCGCCGCCCCCGCGCAGUUUGGGGUCGGCGCAGAGGUAGUAGCGCUGGUUAAGGUUGCUCCCGGCCCAGCCUACUCAGUGACCGUCUAA